CGUCAAACAAACGGAAAUGAUGCAGGAGAAUAACUGAUUGUUCGUUCGGUCAUCAUUCACUUAAUAGCCAUAUGAGUAAAUACACAAGUAGCUAUCUAUCAAUCCGUGAUCGCUGUAAUUCUGAAGAAGUUUAACCAUAAUAAGAAAUUGACAGAGCUCACAAAAAUUGCCAAGCAUAAUGGAUACGAGUCGUAAUGUUAUUGCAACCUCACGCUCACGAGCCAACACACACGAUUCUUCUGAGAAUGGGAGCAUGAAUUGUAGCUAUUUAGACGGACAUUCAAACAAAGAAGAGUGUAUGCGACGUCAAUUAAAGUACUUCUUUAUGAACACAUGGCAAAAAUAUAAGGCUAAAGGAAGAAAACCUUGGAAGCUAGUAGUUCAACUUUUAAAGAUCAUUGUGGUGACAAUUCAAUUGUGGUUCUUUGGGUACAACCAAUUUAGUCUGGUGACGUUUUUAGAAGGAAAUAAACUAGCCUUUGAGCAUAUGUUUAUGUUGGAGUGGGAUGUUGGCUACGAUGCAGUGGCAUAUCCAAACACACGCAGUCUUUAUGCAAUUUAUGAAAAAGAUGAAUUCUAUGAACAUGUUAAUCACGCAGUUAAUCAGUUUACUAAGUUGGAGGACAUAGCUAUUGGAUCUUAUGACUAUGUGGACUGUCCAACGGACGAUUGCAACAUAACUUUAUGUCAAACUUAUUACAAAAAUAUCACAACAGCAAGCAAUUCAUAUUCUGUGAAUAUAAAUACUGUAGAAUAUUGCUUGGACAUUCCAGUUCAUACAUCUAACUUCUCAUUGAUAGAAUUUCUGUAUAUAAAUAACGAACCAGAAAUAAAUUUUGACAGAUUAGUAUGUGCAACUUUGAAAUUUUCUGUGAAAAGUUUUCUUCUGAGAACAGAGAAACAUUUCUCAUCACCAGAUUGCAUACUAUUCCAUAUAUCAAUUUUAUUCUCAAAUGAAGAGCACAAUGGAAGAAUAAAACCUGAAAUUAACCAGGCACAUGAAUUUCGAUUACAAUGUACUAGAAGCUUUGAAGGAGACAAUGUCAGUUAUAAUACAACUAGAAAAUUGCUGAUGAUGUUUGACAUUGUUGUGGCAUUGUUGUCUCUUCUAUCGUUUGUGCUGUGUUGCAGAUCCUUGUGUAAUGCUCGCAAGAUGAAAAAAAAAACAGUUAAGUUUUUCUUGGAGAAGUUCAACAAAUCAUUGACAUCCAGUGAUCGGCUUAAGUUCUAUGACUUUUGGCUUGUUGAGAUUCUAGUGAGCGAUUUGCUGGUGAUGUUUGGUUCAAUGUUGAAACUGCAAAUUGAACAGAAGAAUGUUUCAAGUUAUGAUUUAUGCAGUGUAUUGCUUGGAAUUGGAUGUCUUCUGGUCUGGUGUGGAAUCUUGCGGUAUUUGGGUUUCUCUUCAAAUUACAAUAUAUUGAUCUUGACAAUGAAAAAUGCAAUGCCAAAUAUGAUGAGGUUCUUAAUAUGUGCUGGAACAAUAUACAUGGGCUAUGCAUUUUGUGGUUGGAUUGUGCUAGGUCCUUAUCAUUAUAAGUUUCGUACAUUAACAAGAGCAUUAGAAUGUAUGUACUCACUUGUGAAUGGUGAUGACAUGUUUGCCACAUUUGCCGAGAUGUCGAAAAAGAGUUACAUGAUUUGGGUCUUCAGCAAAGCAUAUCUGUAUUCCUUCAUUAGUUUGUUCAUCUAUGUUGUUCUCAGUCUAUUCAUCGCUGUUAUCAUGGACACUUAUGAAACUUUAAAAGAUUAUCAGAAAAAUGGAUGGCCAAUGAGUGAAUUGAUGACUUUUGUCAACAAGUGCACAGAUCUUCCAGAGUCUGGGUGCUUUAGAGUUCCAUCUGAGACACCAGAGAGGUCAUGCUUAUCUAGAUGCUUUGGUCGAAGGAGAGAUAAUGAUACAAGCAGUGAUUACCUGAUUUCAUCAUGAUGUUAAAUCCUGUACUUACAAGUGAUAAAAUUGUGUUAAAUCAGGAAAACCAUGUACCAUAUAGCAAUACAAACCUUGCCUUAAUUAGAAUACUGGUGUUUGUGUAUACCUAAAUCAUUGGUUAAAUAUAGUUACAGAAGAUAUUUUUAUAAUAAAGUUGACAGGUAAUAUACCUACUACCUAGUCUUGUUGCUCUUGAAUACUCUUAACACUGAGAGUUAAGUGGGUUUAAGGAACAUGUUUGUAUUUAUGUAGUUAGGUUAGGUAGCUUCUGUGGGCCAUAAAGUUCCAGCCCAAAUUUUCAAUUUCCGAUUUCAAAGUUGAAUCGCGACAAAUAAAGAAUUAUUUUUGGAUAAUUUUCUUUUGUUUAACUAAUGUAACAACAUGUUACAUACCUGCAACAUUUCAUAUGCAUUUAAGCUCUCCUUUCUCUGGCAUUUAAAAAGAAAUAAUUAUCCAAAAAUUUUCUGUAACAUGAAUCUAUUCAAAGACAAAUAAUAAUAAGUAUUAUUAUUAUUAUUAUUAUUAUGUUACUAAAGCCUUAAGGGGAAAUUAGACAAUGGAGAAAUUAGAGAACAAUUGAAAAAAAAUGAUGUUAAGUGGAAAAUAACACAAAAGGUAUUCCCCUGAAGUCUGAUUUAGUGAAAUUAUUAUUAUUAUUAUUAUUAUUAUUAUUAUUAUUAUUAUUAUUAUUAUUAUUAUUAUUAUUAUUGUUAUUAUUAGUAUUAUUAUUAUCAUCAUCAUCAUCAUCAUCACCAUUAUCAUCAUUGAUAUUAUUGUUAUUGUUGUAGUGGAUGUUGUUGAUUUGAUUGUUAAAUAUCAUCAUUAAUAUUAUUAUCGUUAUUAUUAAUAUUAUUAUCAUUAUAAUUGUGAUGUGCAAUUUGUAUAUUUGUUUGUUAUACCCCACAGUAAUUACACUUGCCAUAUAAAAUUAGUGAACUGUGUCUUAAGUUAUUUGUUAAUUUUAUGAUAGAAUUUCUGUAUAAACAGCUCCGAACAAAUUUCAGAUGAUUUGUAAACUUGAUGUGAUUCACUGUUAUUCCAGUAAAAUUGUAUUGUGGUCCAUACCGAGCCUGAUAAAAUGGUGCUUUUUUUGACAAUUUUUUAUUGCACAAUACAAGACUUUUUAAUACCUUGUUUCACAGACUUAUUUUGUUAAAGAUCAUCAGAGGAGGGUGAAAAAAAAAAUAAAUAAAAUUGUGUUUUCUUAUUUAGCAACUGGUUUUGCCAAAAAUACCCAGAUUGAGGAUAAAAUAAAAAUAAAAUUUUAUUGAUUAAUGUAAAUAUAUUCUAUAUUGUUGUAAAGGGAUGGGUAAAUGCUUAAAUUUGUAUAAUUAUGAAGAAAUAUACAUAUUUUAUUUUUGGAGAUUUCAAAGCAGCAGCGGCCGUACUAAAAAUAAAGAAAACCUUAUAUUUCUAUUUUUUGGCGGCGGUUGGUAUGCUAAUUGGCCAAAAAUACAAUUUUAUUUUUAUACAAAAUCAUUAUUGGCUGCCACGGGUUCGCAAAACAAGGUAUAAAAGAGUCUUGUCUGAUGUACAAUGACGGUGUCAGCGGGGAGACAACCUUCCCCCCCCCCCCAAUCGGACAGGUCAUUUCCCUCCACCGUCAAGAAACAAAAAAA